GGGGCACUCUUUAGAAUCUUCAUUUCUUUUAAAGAGCGUCACUCUUACGAGGGAAGGAAGAUGAGCAAAACUUCGAAAGCCAAACUUUCCAAGGAUGACAUUACAGUGAUUUUCGUACUGGGUGGACCCGGUUCGGGUAAAGGUACCCAAUGCGCAAAGAUGGUCGAAGAUUUUGGAUUCCUCCAUCUGUCUGCCGGUGAUUUAUUACGAGAGGAACAAAAACGCCCGGGAUCCGAAUUCGGAGGGUUGAUUCAAGAUUACAUUAAGAAUGGAAAGAUUGUGCCCUCAGAUAUCACGAUCGCAUUACUUUAUAAGGCGAUGAUUGAAAACGAUUGCGAUAGAGUUUUAAUUGACGGAUUUCCGAGGGAGAUGCAUCAGGCCCUUCAAUUCGAAGAUGAAGUGGUGGAACCAGCGUCCAUCCUCUAUUUCGAAUGCACCGAGGAGGUUAUGCUCGAACGACUUUUAAAACGUGGUGAAACCAGUGGACGUAUAGAUGAUAAUAUCGAAAGCAUUACCAAACGAUUCAAAACCUUUAUCGAGACAAGCUAUCCGGUCGUGGAACAUUAUAAAAAGUUGAAUAAAGUUCAUACGAUUUCUUGCACAGACAGCGUCGAUGUUGUUUAUUCUAAGGUUAAACCGAUUUGCGAAGGACUACUCAAAUCAAAAGUGUGA